GUUGUAUUAUAUACAUCUGUGGCUUAUGCUUAUCAAAACCAACUACAGCACAAAAAUUCGACAUAUUGUCGUACGUUCGUAAGACUGGGACAUCAAACGCACGGGUAGCGCACAAGUGCACAACUGUUGACUGUUGGAAGGGUUACGACCCGGGCACAAAAUAUGGUCAUAUGAUUGUCCGUGGUUAUCAAACCCUAUCGAGUAUCGAUGUCGUUAGUCGUUACUCGUUAAUACACACAGGCCGUAGUUAUGAUUAUAGGUUCCGUGAUCUUCCCGGUUUUUAUUUUUUUUUCAUUUAAAAUGAUUUCAUUCCCGCUUUCUUCUAUGAAUUGUUUAAUUUAUUUCCAAACUCAAGUAUUUUGAUCAUUUUUUAAUAUGGAAGAAUUCGUAGUUGUAAUUGAAACGAACGAGAAAUUAGAUCACUGCCGUUUAUGUUUCAGCUCUACCAAUGUAACAGUUCACAUAGGGCAGCAUUUGGACAAAAAUACAUCAAUUGUUGAAAAAAUUCAAUACUGUACUUCACUAAUCGUGAAAGUGGGUGAUGGUUUUCCUCAGAAUAUUUGUACAACUUGUGCUGAAAAUCUUGAUUUUAUCUACAACUUCAAAAGUAAAGCAAUAUCAUGUGAUUUGGAAUUAUCAAGGAACUUUCACCAGAACAUACAUUUAACUUAUAGUCGAGUAUCAGAUGAUCCAUUAAAUAUUACAUACAAAUUAGAAAUGAAAGAACAAGAUUCCUCAACUGAAUCAUUUGAUAGUUGCAUUGAGAUCAUAAAUGAUGACACUGAAAAUUCAGAUGUUAUUGAAAAAAAAUUGAGUGGGAAUUUAAACAUCUAUCAAGGUUCAAAAACUAACAACCAAAAGAAAAGAGUAUCAGUUGAUCUCAAACAAAAUUCAGAUAAGUCUUUAUUUGACGGUAACAAAUGUAAAUCAAAAAAAAAAAAAAUUGAAAAUGAAAUAGUCAAUGAAAAACCAUCGGUUAUUGUUGAAAAUAGUAAAGGUGUAUAUAUUUGCAAUGAAUGUAAUUUUGAAGCAGAAACAAUGAUGUGCUUAGUUAGUCAUCAAGCUCGCUUUCAUUUAAACACCGGUGGUUUCAAGUGUUCCGAGUGCUCAACUUAUUACGAAACUUCGGGACUACUUAAGCAACACGUAACUUCAAUGCAUCGUAAUGUAACCCACGAUUGUAAAUAUUGCGACAAAAAAUAUUUAAACAAAAGAAGUCUUGAUCGUCACACUAAAAACCAUCAUAAAUUCCAUAUGACUCCAUUAGAGUUUCAAUGUGUCAUAUGCAAUGCUUAUUUUGAUACCUUAAUCGAAAUGGAAGAUCAUUUUGUAGUACAUUAUGCAAGUCCCUCAAGUAAAUUCAGCUGUGAUUAUUGUGAUUGCAAGUUCCCAACAUACGCGGCAAAACACAAACAUUCUGAUCUUGAGCACAUGAUUGAAAUUGAGUGUGGUAUUUGCCAUAUUGUCUUACCAACUGAAGAAGCUAUGGACAAACACAAUAUUUCCGUACACCAACCGCAGAAAAAGGAAAACAAAAUGUACGAGUGCACUACGUGUGAAAAAUAUUUAUCUGGUAAAAAAGUUUAAAAUAUAAAGAAACAAAUUUAUCCCAAAAUGUAAUUCAAUAAUUUAUCAAGUAAGAUAU